CGCCCGCCCUGCCUGCACUGGAAGGCUGGGUCCCCCUUGCUCUGGGCGUGCCUGCUGCCUCCCACUGCCAGGGCACAGUCCUCAGGAUGUUCCGGGGGGAAUAGACGCUGGAACCGGAGCCUGCAGCCCAUCCCCCUCAGUGAUGGGGCCCCCUGGGAGUCACCUGCUGGCUGCUCUGUGUGUGGGGGUGGUCUCAGGCUGGGUAGGGGGCUCAGUCCCCAACCUGGGCCCUGCGGAGCAGGAGCAGAACCAUUACCUCACCCAGCUGUUUGGCCUCUAUGGAGAGAAUGGGACGCUGACCGCAGGGGGCCUAGGACGCCUUCUCCACAGCCUGGGGCUAGGCCGAGUUCAGGGGCUUCGCCUGGGACACCAUGGGCCUCCCAGUCGGGCGGCACCCCCAGCUGGAGACAAUUCCACACACAGGCCACAGGAGCCUGAGCUGAGUGUGGAUGUCUGGGCAGGGAUGCCCCUGGGUCCCUCAGGGUGGGGUGACCCGAAGGAGUCCAAGGACCCCCACCUGACCCCAGGAGCAGCCCCCUCGGGCCUGGACCUCUUUCACAGGCUUCUGAUGCUGGACCACUCGCUGGCUGACCAUCUGAACGAGGAUUGUCUGAAUGGCUCCCAGCUGCUGGUCAAUUUUGGCCUGAGCCCAGCUGCUCCUCUGACUCCUCAUCAGUUUGCUCUGCUGUGCCCAGCUCUGCUUUAUCAGAUCGACAGCCGCGUCUGCACCCAAGCCCCGGCCCCAACACCCUCGGCGGAUCUACUAUCCGCCCUGCUUCACAGUGGCCUGGCAGUCCUGCUGCUCAGCCUCCCUGCUCCCCUCUCCCUACUGCUGCUGCGGCUCCUGGGACCUCGUCUGUUGCGGCCCCUGCUCGGCUUCCUGGGGGCCCUGGCCGUGGGCACUCUUUGUGGGGAUGCACUGCUACACCUGCUGCCACACGCACAAGGAGGGUGGCACACAGGAGCCGGCGGGCGCCCAGAGGAGGACCUGGGUCCAGGGCUGUCAGUGCUGGGAGGCCUGCUCCUGCUCUUCGUGCUGGAGAACAUGCUAGGGAUUUUGCGGCACCGAGGACUCAAGACAGUGAGUGACACCCUUUUCUCCUCUUCCUGCAGAGACCAGAGUCCUAGCUAAGAACUGACCAAACAAGCCAGGAGGCGAGGGGCAGUGUGUGCUCCUAGCUCUCUGAUAUGUGUGUGACUGUGCAGCAGCCAACAGGGUGGGUAGGGGCUCCUUUGUAUAGAGUCAGGACUUCUGGCCAAAUGGCCUCCUCUCCCAAGUUCAAGUCAACAAGACACAGGCAGAUGCCAACCUGAGAAGAGGGCAGAGGUCGAAGAACAUCCCCAGGGGCCAGAGGUGGGACAACCAGGUGUUCGUUCUCCC